AUGACCUUGACUGAAGCCAAAACGUUAUUGGAACGGAUCGAGCCUAACUUAUAUGGAGAUUCAACCAUCGCUAAAAUUUGGGGUGUGGCAAUUAAAUACUUAGAUCAGCCUAACCCUCCAAUAAAGACCCCAGAAUAUUCAUUCGGGAGAUACGAAUUUAGAGACAUUGACCAUUGGACAGCAGGAUUUUUUCCUGGGUCUCUAUACUGUUUGUUGGAAAGAUGCAAGAACUUCUCUUCUCACUUUCCAACAGAUAACGUGAAUCAAAUAAAGCUAGAAUAUGCUGCGAGAUGGUGGGCAGAAGGUUUGUUUGAACAAGCACCUAGAACGGAUACACACGAUUUAGGCUUUAUAAUUCAGCCAGCUUUCCAAAGAGAAUACGAAUAUAGCAAAAGCUCACGAUCUUUAGACUGCUUGGUGACAGCUGCAAAUGCUCUAGCCUCUAGAUUUGAUGAAACUGUUGGUUGUAUUAGAAGUUGGGAUACUGCUGUUAACAAGAGAUACAACUUUACUAAUAAAAAUGAAGAUUUUAUUGUCAUCAUUGAUAAUAUGUGUAAUUUGGAUAUGUUAUAUUAUGUGGCAAGUAAGACUGGCGAUUUACGAUUAUCUACAAUUGCUACAAAACAUGCUGAAGUUACACUAAAGAAUCAUUUCAGGAACUCUGAAUGGUCAAGCUUCCAUGUUGUAAAUUAUGACUUGAAUGAUGGUUCUGUUAAGGCCAAAUUUACUAACCAGGGCUAUGCAGAUGAUACGACUUGGUCUAGGGGUCAAUCAUGGGCUGUUUUAGGGUUCGUUGAAACGUACCUGUGGACCAAACAGAAAAAGUUCUUGGACGCAUCGAUCGGAUUGGCUGAAUACUUUCUUUCUAAAUUGCCAGAUGAUGGGGUUCCAGCUUGGGAUUUUGGUGCUCCAGAUAAAGAAAUCAAAGAUACUUCUGCUGCUAUGAUUUGUGCCCUUGGGUUAAUUAAGAUUUAUGAAGCAACUAAUGAAACUGGGUAUCUAAUCAGCGGAUUGAGACUUGUGAACGACACCAUUAAUUUUGCGUACACUAAUGAAUCUUCUUUCAGGAAAGAUGGAACUGUAGAUAUUGGGGCUAGGGAUACAAUUUUGGCAGAAGCGACUAUUAACAAUAAUCCAGAUACUUAUGAAAGAUUGGUAAGUCAUGGGCUUGUCUAUGCAGAUUACUAUUUUCUAACCAUUGGUAAUAAAUUGUUGCAACUAGGCUUAAUUCAGUAA